AUGCAACACUCAAUUACAUUCAAUGCUAGUUGGAUUUCCAUCUUGCAUACAGUCUUUGCAAGUCUGUCGUUUUUAGCUGCACUUGCAGUUGGAUCGUAUCUACAUUAUUACAAGAUUGUUGAAAACGCGUCGUUUGGACAUCCCGAUGAGUGGUUCCCUAGUGUGUCUGCGACAAUUGGCGAUAGGUAUCCCGAGAGGUCAAUUUUUCAGAUCAUCAUUGCAUUGACUGCUGGCCCUAGGUUUCUCAUGCUCGCUUUUGAUUUUAUUUCGCUUUAUAGGCCAAAGUCAUACUUGCCAUUUAUUGCUUUAACAGCGGGCGUGCUAAGAACUUUUACUGCAGGGGGGUGGAUGUAUAUCACUUCAACAGAUGAUCAUGACGCCCACGAUGUAUUCAUGAUUGGUUAUAUAGUGUUGACAAUCCCUUGGACUGUUUGUAUAACGUUGUUGUCGCCAAAAGGUUCGUUUCAACGUAAAGCGAGAUUCUACUCGGCAGUGACAUUCUUUGGCACUAUAGCGCCUUUGAUCUAUUGGUUCAUCCAGCAUAAAGUACAUGUAAGACCAGGUGCAUACUCUGUUUACGCGUACUUUGAAUGGGGUCUAAUCGCUUUAGAUAUUUUGUUCGACUCUUGGUCAUACAUCGAUUUCACUGAUAUUGAUAUUUCCAUCCUGGGAGAAGGUGUCAAAGUGAUAAGUGGACAACAGGAAAAAAAAAAGCCCGCUAUUCAAAAGAUUGCGCCAAACUCUGCUGAGAACGAAGAUGGGUUUACCACAGUGGAGACUGUUGCUAAUUUGAUAAACUCGUACAUGUACUGGACCGUGGUCACUUCGUUAUUUGUAUGUGUGUGGUAUUUCCCAUUAUGGGACUUGGGAUUGACGGGGUAUGAAGCAGUUAUUGUCUCUUUGUUUUUAGCUCCGCUUCUACUUGUUCCAACAGGAUUGAGGCAUUAUCUUGCUGCAAACCCUCACUUUGCAAGAUCAUUGACCAUCAUUUUGGGAAUCGGAUCCUACAAAAUUGAGGACCCAGAAAAGAGAUUAUUGACUAUAACCGCAGGAACAAUGUUUGCUGUGGCUUCACUAGUAAAUGAACUUUGGUCAUUAGCUGCUCAUCCAAAAAAGUUAAAUUCAUACAUUGCCACUUUCACUAUGGGCUUACUCGCAACUUCAAUUUUCAAGUUUUUAAAUUACUCUAAUAAUCCUAUAUGGCCAAUAAUGCAUAAAGAGAAUGGCGGUUAUAAUUCAGUGGGUAUUUUCUUGGGAUUACUUGGUGCAUUACUUACCCCAGUAGUGGAUACAACCGUUGCACCAAAAACAUCGACAUCAUCAUCAUCGACAUCAUCAUCAUCAUCAUCAUCAUCAUCACCACCACCACUCAAUGCAGGUGGUUCACUUUUAUUAGGUGCACUUGGGUUUGGUGGCUACUACUUUGCAUUGCAUGCAUUUUUAUCAGACUCCGGAACAUUGGUGCUUUGGACAUGGGAGGGUUUCCCAAUAAGAGGUCCAACUCCAGUAACUGGUGCUUUACCACAUUUGGUCACUUUUGCGGUUUCCAUACUCAUUGCAUCAAGAGUACAUCCAAACUUUUUCAGUAAUUUGACAUACAAUCUUGUUAUUGGUGCAGGAAGUACACUUGCAACUUAUUUUUUGAAAGGAUGGACAGGAUUUGCCGGAUCUUUGGUUUAUCUGUUUUACUUAGUUUCCUUAGCUCCAGUGAUUUUUCAAUCAAUCAAUGGAUAUAAUCCAGUGGCCACUUUUUUCAUAGGUUUCCUUGUAAACAUAAUUAUGUCCCUUGCCAGCGUCUGGAUUGUGGCAUAUGCUUUUGUGCCAUAUGGGCCAUUAUUGAGAGAAAGGACCGAUUUGAUUGUUGGUACUUCAUUAGUGUUGAUAUACGCGGGGGUUUUCAAUUACAAGUUGAGGCUGGAUAGAAUCUCCAAACUUGAGUUCAUUAGCAAAAAAACAAUGAAGCAAUUGAAUACUUUGACAACUGUUUUAUUAGCACUAGCUAUAACCGCCACAAUUAAGAGAGCACCACUACCAUUCAACCAGAUUAAACUGUAUAAUGAACCUUCGGGCUCAUUCACUGCGGGUAUUUGGUGCGUUCAUUUUGGAUUAGAUAAUGACAUGUGGUCCUCAGAAACCAGAAUGAGAGAUCUUAUAAGAGAUGCUCAAGUUGAUAUAAUCGGUUUAUUGGAAACAGACACACAGAGGUUAAUUGGUGGUAAUCGAGAUUUUACUCAAAAGAUUGCUGAGGAUUUAGGAAUGUAUGUUGAUUAUGGUCCAGGUCCAAACAAACAUACCUGGGGAGCUGCAUUAUUAUCCAAAUUCCCCAUCAUCCAAUCAACGCAUCACCUUUUACCAUCGCCAGUUGGUGAAUUGGCACCCGCAAUCCAUGCCACAUUAGACAUUUAUGGAACAGAAGUGGAUGUUGUCGUGUUCCAUUCGGGCCAAGAGGAAGAUGUCGAAGAUCGUAGGUUGCAGAGUUUAGGAGUUGAAGAAAUAAUGGCCAAGUCUCAAAACCCAUUGGUAUUGUUGAGUUAUUUGGUAACAGAUCCUUUGGUAGGUAAUUACUUGACAUAUACUUCAGAUCAAUCACGAAUGCAUGAUAUUGAUUCAACAGAUUGGGAUCGAUGGUGUGAGUAUAUCAUGUUCAGAGAAUUGAAAAAAGUUGCUUAUGCGAGAAUCUCAAGAUCAACAAUAACAGACACAGAAUUACAAAUUGCCAAAUUCAAGCUCUUGAGCGACGAAGAAAAGGAAAAUUUUGAUGCUGAUUUCUUUUAUAGUAACAAUUUUGUUGAAGAAGAAGAUAUUGAUAGCGAUUUAAGAAUGCCUCAAAUAUUUAAAGGUGAUGGUGUAAGGGGCCAUAGGUAUCAUGUGUUUGACAAGCCUAAAUAUUUUGCUCAAGAGAAGCACUAA